AUGGCUUCCCGCCCUCAGAACAUUGGCAUCAAGGCCAUUGAGAUCUACUUCCCUAGCCAGUAUGUCGAGCAAUCUGAGCUUGAGACUUUCGAUGGCGUCAGCGCCGGCAAGUACACUAUCGGCCUUGGCCAGACCAAGAUGGCUUUCUGCGACGACCGUGAGGAUAUCUACUCUUUCGCUCUGACCGUCACCUCCAACCUCCUGAAGAAGUACAAUGUCGACCCCAACUCCAUCGGUCGCCUCGAGGUCGGAACUGAGACCAUUCUGGACAAGUCCAAGUCGGUCAAGACCGUGCUCAUGCAGCUCUUUGGCGACAACACCAACAUUGAAGGUGUUGACACCGUGAACGCCUGCUACGGAGGAACGAACGCUUUUUUCAACACUGUCAAUUGGAUCGAGUCAUCUGCCUGGGACGGUCGCGAUGCUAUCGUUGUCGCCGGUGACAUCGCCCUUUACGCUAAGGGAAAUGCCCGCCCUACGGGCGGUGCUGGUGCCGUUGCCAUGCUCGUCGGUCCUAACGCCCCCGUGGUUUUGGAGCCUGGCCUGCGCGGCACCUACAUGCAGCACGCCUACGACUUCUACAAGCCCGACCUGACCAGCGAGUACCCUUACGUCGACGGCCACUACUCGGUCAACUGCUAUACCAAGGCCCUGGACGCUGCCUACCGCGAGUACAACAAGCGCGAGGCCAAGCUGUCCAACGGCGACGCUGCCCCCAAGGCGGGCCUGGACCGAUUCGAUUACCUUGCUUUCCACGCCCCCACUUGCAAGCUGGUUCAAAAGUCGUACGCUCGUCUGCUAUACCACGACUACCUUGCCGAUGCCGACAGCUCCGUCUUCGCUGAGGUCGCUCCCGAGUUGCGUGAUAUGGACUACGAGAAGUCUCUGACAGACAAGGUCGUUGAGAAGACUUUCAUGGCGCUCACCAAGAAGAAGUUCCAGGAGAGAGUGAACCCCAGCAUCCAGGUCGCCACCCUCUGCGGCAACAUGUACUGCGGCAGCGUCUGGGGCGGUGUCGCUAGCUUGCUGUCUCAUGUUGAUGCCGCCACCCUCAGCGGAAAGCGCAUCGGUGUCUUUAGCUACGGCUCCGGCCUCGCUGCCUCCUUCUUGUCUUUCCGCAUUAAUGGAGAUGUGACUCCUCUCGCCAAGGUCCUUGAUAUCCCCGCAAGACUGGAGGCCCGCCGCAAGGUGGCUCCUGAGACCUACGAUUCUAUGUGCGACCUUCGCAAACAGGCUCACCUCCAGAAGGGCUACGCACCCAAAGGUGAUGCUUCCACCAUCGCCCCCGGUACCUACUACCUCGAGCACAUUGACGAGAUGUUCAAGCGAUCCUACAGCGUCAAAGCAUAA